AUGGUUGGCCAGUUUGUCGUUGGCCCAACACCACCUCCACCUGCUCGCUGUCGUUUUGCUCAGCCACCUCUCCCCUCCUUCUCUCCGUCAUUCACCCGAUGCCCGCUUAUUGCUGUGCAUUACUUCGUGUGCCGCCACAUAGAAGCACGUCUCUUGAACAACGCAGCUGCUGUCAUCACACACGCCACAAACGCGAUGUCAGCGUCUUCCCGGGCAGCGAAGCUGCAAACACCGCCACAACAGCAGCAGGUGCACUACAUCUCUGAUAACGUGUACUCACUCGGAACUCUUAGUUGCGCCGUCUGUGGCCAGACCUUCCCGAUUCACACGAACGCGUGCCAGCGCAGCACCUGCGGCUGGUGCGGCACUCUACACGAGCCCGGCACGCACUCGGCGCUUCAGCAGCAUCAUCGCGCCAUGCGCCGGACAGGCGAUAGUGUCAAAAUGAGUAGCAAGGUGUGCUCCCUGGACACCAGUGCUGCUCUCUUCUUCACAGAGAAGGAAGUCACCGCUGCAGUGGAAUACAUUCGCCAGACGCUCGGUGACACGUCGCCCUUUGGAACAGCGCCCGGCGCCGCUGGUGGAGCCAAGCGUGCCGGCAUCACCGAGGUGGAUAAUCGCAUUAUUGAGGAAGCCUUCUGCGAGAUGUGCGGUGUCCACCGCCCCUGCAAGACGUUUGCCCGGCAAACGCGUAGCGCGGAUGAGGGUCAGACAAUUUUCUUCCAGUGCACGAAGUGCAGCUCGGAGUGGCAGCAGAACUCCUAA